UAAAACGUACGAAUCAUCGAAGAGGCUUUCCUCGCUCCCCCUCCUCGUUCUCAGGCGGAGCGAAAAGAGCAAAAACAACGAGCAAGCUUCCACUUCUGACAUUGUGUAUGAAUUCUGUACUCGUAUUUUCUCAUUCCUUCUCUCUCCCUUUCUCUAUUCCUUUAAAGUUAAAAAAUUUCCGCUCUUUGGAUUCAUUUCCAUUGCCUUUCCCAAUUUGAUAGUCCAAAUCAGCGUCUUUUGCUUUCACAGGCGGGUGCCUUAUUUUAUAUUCAAUAUCUAGGCACAUCCCACUCUCAAUUCCGAGCAUUUUCACUAAGCCUACGUUGAAUUAGGGUUUUCUUAGAUCUACGCUUGUCCACGCAUCCAUUACUUCACUCGGGAAAUUAGGGUUUCCCCCCUUUUUUAAUAUUUGCUUACCUCUUAGUAUAGACUUAUGGUACUUGGGAUUUUGGUGCUUCUGGUGUCGCUGGCUUUUGGGAGUUUGUUGGAAUAAGUUCGAGCCUAAGUAAUUUGAGCUAAUGAUUACUGGAAGUUGGGAUUUUGGUGUUCUUAGGUUUUUCUGGGUGGAUUAAGUCGAUUAGAUAGCCAUGUCUGUUAAUAGUAAUAACCCGCCCAAGAGCCUCGGGGCCUCUUCUUCGCCCUUUGGCAAUGCCAGUAUGCCCACAAACCCUCAGUUUUCACAAUCUCAAGCCCAGAUUGCGGCUGGCUUUCAGAGUCAGUUUCAGCUGUCCCAAGCACAGGCUAUAGCACAGGCACAGUCCAAAGCUGCGGCUCAUGCCCAAGCUCAAGCAGCUCACGCCCAAGCACAAGCACAAGCGGCUCACGCGCAAUUCCAGGCUCAGUUACAAGCUCAAGGGCUUUCCCUCAACCAGACCCAUCCAGCAGGCAUUGGUAGUUUGGGUACAUCAUCACCCUCCAUGUCAACACCCGGUAAUUUAGGCGCAAAGCGGAUGCCACCCAAGACGCCGAUCCGCCCUCUUGGUGUUUCCCCUACCAACGCGGUGUCCCCCUUGAAAGUAAUGGAAUUGCAAUCUGCUGCUCGGAGAAAGAGGCAGAAACUUCCCGAGAAGCAGCUUCAAGACAAAGUGGCAGCGAUUCUGCCUGAGUCUGCUCUGUACACCCAGCUUCUUGAGUUUGAGGCUCGUGUCGAUGCUGCUCUUUCAAGAAAGAAAGUUGACAUCCAAGAGGCCCUUAAAAGUCCUCCAUGUGUGCAAAAAACCCUUCGUAUUUAUGUUUUCAAUACCUCUGCAAAUCAGAUUCGCACCAUUCCAAAGAAGCCAAAUGCCGAGCCCCCUACCUGGACGCUUAAGAUAGUUGGAAGGAUCUUGGAAGAUGGGGUGGAUCCUGAUCAGCCCGGAGUGGUCCAAAAGUCAAACCCCUUUUACCCAAAGUUCUCAGCUUUCUUCAAGAGAGUGACCAUUUCCUUGGACCAGAGACUAUAUCCUGACAACCAUGUCAUUAUGUGGGAGAAUGCUCGAUCACCUGCACCUCACGAGGGGUUUGAGGUGAAGAGGAAAGGGGAUAAAGAAUUUACUGUGAAUAUACGGUUAGAAAUGAACUACGUGCCCGAGAAGUUCAAGCUUUCACCAGCUUUGAUGGAAGUUCUUGGUAUUGAAGUUGAUACGCGCCCGAGAAUAAUAGCUGCAAUCUGGCAUUAUGUAAAGGCUAGGAAAUUGCAGAACCCCGGUGAUCCCUCUUUCUUUAAUUGCGAUCCACCUCUUCAAAGAGUUUUUGGGGAAGAAAGAAUGAAAUUCACGAUGGUUUCUCAGAAGAUAUCACAGCAUCUAUUCCCUCCACAGCCUAUACAUUUGGAGCAUAAGAUCAAGCUUUCAGGGAAUAGUCCUGCUGGAACUGCAUGUUAUGAUGUAUUGGUCGAUGUGCCUUUUCCAAUUCAGAGGGAUUUAUCUGCUCUAUUGGCCAACACAGAGAAGAACAAAGAAAUUGACACUUGUGAUGAAGCAAUAUGUACUGCUAUAAGAAAAAUUCAUGAGCACCGUCGGAGGCGGGCAUUCUUCCUUGGUUUCAGUCAAUCACCGGUGGAAUUCAUCGAUGCUUUAAUUGAAUCUCAAAGCGUGGAUUUGAAGGUUGCAGCUGGCGAAGCAAAUCGUAGUGCUGAAAAAGAGCGCCGGUCAGAUUUCUUUACCCAACCAUGGGUUGAAGAUGCUGUUAUCCGCUAUUUGAAUCGCAAGCCGGUUGCAGGGAGUGAUGCUCCUGGAAGCAUGUGAGGAGGAGAUUGCUUAGCUGUUGGUUGGGCAGGCAAUGUGUUUAUCAUUCCUUUUGUAACAGCUCAAGAUCGCUGUGACUUCCAUAACAGAAGAAGUACCGCAUAUGUACUUUGCU